CAUAAACGUCAAGUUAUUAUAGAAAAACGCAUAAAAUAAGUGAAAAUAGAAAAGACCAGAAUAAAUUCGGUUUAAAUUGUGAAAGCUGUUGCGGAAAGGAAGAAUAUUUUAAAUUUAAAAUUACAAUCGAAAAUUUGCUUGUGAGGAUAACGACAAGAGAAAAUCACUCAGAAUGUUGUCUAAAUUGGUCAUGGGAUCGGCGACAUAUUCGCCAAUGAUCUUUCGUUCUGCUGUCCAACAAAUUCCAAAAAGGAAUCAAUUUCUGGUACGACAAUUUCAACGAGAUGCUAAAGAAGCUUUCCAGACACGAAGUCAACGAAUCGCAGAGAGACAAACUUUGCGCGAAAAAAUUAUGGCACCAGCUGGACCAAAUGCAUUUGCAAUUGGAAAAGGAGCAGCUGCUGGCGCUUCGGUUAUCGGAUUAGGAGCAUUAUGUUUCUACGGUUUGGGAAUGGGAAAGGGAACAUCGGUUCUAAACAAUUCCAUGCUCUGGCCGGAAUAUGUCAAAGAACGCAUCCACAGCACAUACGCUUACUUCGGUGGCUCGGUUGUCAUUACCGCUGCAAGUGCAGCUGCAAUAUUUCGUUCACCAACCUUGCUCAACUUAGCGUCUAGAGGUGGAUGGAUACCACUGAUUGCUACGAUGGCACUGAUGAUCGGUUCGGGUAUGGUUGCUCGAUCAAUUCCAUACGAACCUGGCUUUGGAACGAAACAACUUGCCUGGGCUGCUCACUGUGCAAUAAUUGGUGGUGUUCUUGCUCCGCUGUCCUUUGUCGGCGGGCCGAUAUUGUUGCGUGCAGCGAUGUAUACAGCAGGAAUUGUUGGCGGUUUGAGCACGGUAGCUGUCUGUGCGCCGAGCGAUAAAUUCUUGUAUAUGGGUGGCCCGUUGGCUAUCGGUCUGGGAGUUGUUUUCGCCGCUUCGAUGGGUUCAAUGUUUUUGCCCCCAACAACGGCACUCGGAGCAGGAAUCUAUUCGCUCUCAUUGUAUGGCGGUUUGAUUUUGUUCAGUGGAUUCUUGCUCUAUGACACACAGAGAAUCGUACGAAAAGCCGAAACACAUCCAAAUUAUGCCAUGCAACCCUAUGAUCCGGUCAAUUCCGCCAUUUCGAUAUACAUGGACACAAUUAACAUCUUCAUCCGAAUGGUUUCCAUACUAGCCGGUGGAGGCGGUCGACGAAAGUAAUCAAUUGUGUAGCGAGAAGCCGUGUGUGUACAUUUAAUUGCUGAAAAUAUAAUUGCCCGUUGUGAUAUAAAUAAAAAAAAUGGCUUUGCGAUGA